GGGCCCUGCUUCUCCCAGCACGGAGGCUGAGGACCACCAGAUGCCGGCGCUGGGGACCCUCCCUUGGGCGGCCCCCCUUGUGUGGCUGGAGCAGAUCCUCCCGGACUCCCCUCUCCUCGAAGACCUGCGGCGAAGCCUCCCGUGGCCUCUGCCGCGGCCCGAUCCGAGCGCCGGAGCCUCUCCCUCCUUUUUCUCUGGACCGAUCUGGGCCCCUCCUCUAAGCCUCCCCAAGGAGAAGGGGGAGGUCUCGGUGUCCCCUACGGGCCUCCCGGAGGCCGGUGGGAUUGUGGCCCCAGAGGAGGAAGGCCCUGGGGGUCUGCGGGACGAGCCUCCCCCCACCCCGGACGUGGUGGCUUCUCCGGAGGUCCGUCCACCCGCGUCCGUCCCGCCCGAGGGUCUUACGAGCAUCUUCUUCUGCUUGGAGGAGAAAUCUCCCCCCUUAGAGCAAAGCGGGGCCUCCAAGCGCACCCUGGUUCCCGCUUCGGAUGCAGAGACUCCGGGACCCCCUCCGUGCCUUCCGGAGGCCGGUUUGACCCCAUCUGAAGAAGGAGCGCCUUCCCCCGCCUUGGAAAAAGAGGGGGACCCCAGCACCCCGCUCUUUGUGGCUGCUGGGGAGGUCUUGAAUUCUCCCCCACCCUUCCCGGAGGCUGGAGGGCACUUCUCCUGCCCAGAAGAAAGCUUUGUUUCGGAACAGGGGGUGGGCACCGAUAGGCCCGGGUCGGCGGCUUCUGGGGAGACCCUGCGUUCCCCCCCAGGCCUCUCAGAGGCGGGUGUGAGCACCUCCCUGCAAUCAAGCGCCCCCCUUUUGUGGCAAGGCGAGGGGGCUGGUGGCGGCCCCGCUUCACCCCUCUCUCCAGAGGUCUCGGCGUCUCCUCUGGGCCUCCUCGAUGCUCCAAGGACCGGCUCCUCGGAGGGGAGGGCUCUCGUCCCGGGACAGGGAGGGUGUGGCGGCACCCCUCUGGCCACGGGGUCUGCGGCAAGCUGGGGGGCUCUGGGGAACCUCCCGGAGGUUGGGGACACCCCCUCAGCAGAGGUGGAAGACUCCGUCUUGCAGCGGGAGGGGGAAGCGGGGAGCGUUGCCCCCAAGCCGUUUGGGCUGACCCCACCGUCGCCUCCAGCCCUGCUAGAGGCCAGCGUGGACGCUUCUCUGGAGCAAGAAGUCCCUGUUUUGCAUGACGGUGAAGGGACAUGGGUCUCCCCCACGCCAGCGGGGUCUGUGGAGACCCGGAUGCCCUCCACUUUGAGCCUUCUGGAGGCCGGGAUGGGCCUCUCUCUGGUGGAGAAAAGUCUCCCUUGGCAGCAGGCCGACUCUGCCCCCUCGCCCAUCGGUGGGGCGUCUCCGAGAGUCUCCAAGGCUAGCGCGCACACCUCCGUGGAGGAAAAACUUCCCCUCUGGCCCCAGGACGCCUGCACCAGCACCCCGCUCUCCCUGGCCCCGGCAGCCGCCGGGACCUCCCUUCCAAACGGCCCGGAGGCUGGCCGGACUGUUUUCCAGGAGGAAAAAGGUCGUGUCUCGUGUCACAGCGAGAGCUCCCGGAUCCUGCCCCUCGGCUGCCACUGCCAUGGCUUCUGGACGUCCCCUCUGAGCCUCCUGGAGGCUGGGCCAGGUGAAUCUCCGGAGCCGAGACCCUCCGUCUUCUUCUCGGGGCGAAAGGGCGCCGGCGUGCCCGCGGUCCGUACAGCGUCUGCAGAGGCCCAGGAAAGCCUCCCGGGUGCGUCGGUGCCCGGCCCAAACACACCUUCCCUCCAGCGUCAGGAAAAGGGGGUCAGCGUCACUCCCGUCCCCACGGUGUCGGCCGCCACCUGGACCUCCCCUCCGGCCUGCCUGGACGCCGGCGUGAACACCUCCGCGGAGGAAAAAGCCGUCACCAAAGACAGCACGGCCGAGACGGACUCUCUCCUCUGGCAUUGCUCCCGGGAGCAGCUGAGCGGCCUGUCCAGAGGGGAGCUGGAAGGGCGCCUUGAGAGCACCCUUAUCAUCAUGGAGGCCCUCUCACGCCAGAUACGGGCUGGUCGGGAUCUCUGGCAGCCGACGGGAGCCGUGGGGCCGGCAGACCAGAGAGAUGUGUCUACUCAGACUCCCGUGUCGGAUCCUAAACAGGAGGAGCAGCUCCAUCGGGAUUUCUGCGCGGGCCUCGGGCGGCGAUUCCAGACCUUGCGACGGAGCCGCGAGAGCCAGCAGGAUCUGGCCCGGCUGCUGGCGGACGCCCUGGGCGAACUGAGGGCUCUUUCUCUGGGGUCCUGGAAGUCUGUCGAAGAGGGAGACGCCCGUGCGGCCGCCUUGCGAAACCGCUAUGCCCAGAUGCGGCUUGACUAUGAGGCCUUCAGGAGUUUGAUCUCCAGAUGCGCCGUCAAGAUGCAGCAGAUGGCGAAGGACGUGCGAGCUGCCCGGGAGGAGACGGAGCAGCACCGGGAGGUGUGCCAGAAGUUGGAGGAGAGGACGGUGGAGGUGGUGGCCGCGUUGGGACGCGUGAAUGAGCUGGUGGAGGCCAACGCUGGCCUGGAGAAAGGGCUGGCGGCCGCCCUGCAGAGAGCAACCACGGCUGAGGGCGAGCAGCAGCAGCUGCACCUAGAGGCGAAGGGCCUUUCCCAGCAACUGGUGGAAAAACAGGACACAAUCCGGACGCUGGAGGAGGCUGUGGCGCGGCUGUCACGGGAGAAGGAAAGGGCCGAAAAGGAGCGCACGGCAGCUCAGCAGGACGCUCGUGAAAUGUCCGACUGCCGAGAGUUCAUGGAGCAGGAGAAUCAGAUCACUCGCCGUCAACUGGCCGAAACGGAGGAGGAGCUGAGGACCACCCUGGCCUCCCUGAGGGAACGCACCAUGCACCUCGAGGACCUCAAAGACGCCCACGCCGCCCUUCAAGAGGAACGGGAGGCCCUCGGCAGGCGUCUGGCCAGCUCCGAGGCCGAGCUCCAGAGCAUCCAAGCCCACCUGGAGGCAUUUGCCAGGUCUUUGCAGCAGAUCAGAGCGGUUCACGCAGAAUUCCUGGGCGUGGCCGACACUCUCCGGAUGGCGCUGCCGGGCGAGGCGGUCGACGCAGCCCCGCGGAGCAGCUGCUACACUCCGACCUGGCGCACUCCGCACCGUUCGGGAGCCUCCUUAGUGGACAGUGUCCUGAAGGCUGUGGCAGAGAAAGGUUCGGAGACCCCGGGCAUCUGGAGCGCGACCACGGCGUUUGCGAAGGCCACCCCCGCGCUCCCCCCGACCCCAUCAGGUGCUGCAAGCGACGGGUUGCUCCCUCGCUCCCCUUCCUGGGCUCUGGGACUCCCAGAGGUUGUUUUGGAGGCAAGCGGGCAAUGGCCCCCCCUUCCCCCCUUUCGAAUCAGGAUUCGAAUCCGGGGCUUCCGACCUCUGAACCCGCUGAGAAGCUUAGCUCUCCCCCUUUUCCUUACGGGAGGGAAACAGGCCUCCUUGCCUGCAGAGCAGGUGGGCGAGGUGUUGAAAGGGCUUGUUUGUGUGUGCACACGUGUUCCCACGGCAGACAUCCAAGAGGACCUUGCCGCCUGUGUCCAGGACCUGAAGGAGGUGGCAGCCCAGAUCCGCCUCCUGAGCUCCCAGCGCCAGAAGGUUGUGCGAGAGGAAGCCCAAGGCCUGCAAGCCAAAAUCGCUCAGCUCCAGCAGCGCUCGGAUGACCUGGAGAGCCAGCUCCAGGCAGAGAGAGAGGCUGGGGCGGCCAGCCUCGCCAAGAUGCACAAGGCCCUCCAAGUGCGGAUCCAGAACGAGAAGGAACUGCAGGAGGCCGUAAGACAGCAGGAGGAGAGGAUGCGGAGUCUGCUUGACCACAGGUGGAAAGUCAGUAUUUUGGAGGAGGAGGUCUCCCAGCUGAAGUACGCGCUCCAGAAGUCCGAGACGGAAACCUCGGUCCUGUGGGAAGAGCUGCGCGGCACCAAGGAGCCAGACACGGAUUGGGUCAAGGAGAAGAUGUGGCUGAGACAGGAGGUGGGGAAACUGAGGGACCUGCUCCUUCGGAAGGACGAGGAGCGCGUGGAGCUGUCUACCAGUUACCUGUGCCAGGUGAGAAAGCUGGAAGGGCAGCUGCACCAGGCGAAGCAGGCCUUGAAGAAGCACGAGAAGGCCGAGGCGGAGAUGAAGGAGGUCCUCUCCACCUUCCAAGCAGACGUAGCUGGCCUCCCGGAGGUGCGGCGCCUCAUUGAGCUCCUGCCAUGAGCGGCCAACGGAAGGAAGGGUGGAAGGGUGUACCGG